GUCUUGGCCACCUCGGUUGUUGCCGUCAAGGACAAGACCAAGCGCACGUUUGCCGUGCUGCACCACUACGGUAAAGGACCCCUGACCACCUGCCGUGCCGACCCUAUCAUCAACCCGGGCGUGCCCUCGAGCCACACCCACAUGGUCAUGGGAGCAAGCAACUUCGGCUUCAACGCCACCGGCGAAUCCCUUCGCCAGUCCCGCUGCACCACGGCUCUCCCCAAGGCCGAUCUCAGUGCCUACUGGGUACCGCAGUUGUACUUCAAGGACCCCAUCGAUGGCCACUUCGAGUCGGUCAAGAUGGACUACAUGAACGUCUACUACUUCUUCGAGGCGUCAAACGACGACAUUAAGGCCUUUCCAGUCGGCCUGCAGAUGAUAAGUGGGAACGCCGCGCUGAGGACUCCUCCCCGGACGACGGACGUUUCCAACAUCGACCCCUCUAAGGGGGCCGUCUCGCCCGCCGCCAUCACUUGCCCGCGUAGUGGCUACAACCCGCCAAGCUGGCUUCCCGGCUCGGACGGGACAACAUCCGGCAUCCAGAACGGCAACAACAACGGCGAAGGCAUCGGCUUUCCCCUCCAAGACUGUGACGGACUGUACUCGCCGAUGCGCACCGAUCUCCAUUUCCCCUCGUGCUACAACCCCCAGGCGGGAUUGACCAACUACAAGACCAACAUGCAAUUUCCGGUGGGCGUCUCUGGUGGCAAGAAUGACUGCCCCGCCGGUUGGAUACAUGUGCCUCAGCUGUUCUACGAGAUUUACUGGAACACGCACGACUUUGCGCCACGCUUCAAGGAUCUCCUCGGCAAGGAGAGCCCCUUCGUCUUCGCUAACGGCGACGUUACAGGCUACUCGAUGCACGGAGACUUUAUCGCGGGCUGGGACGAGACUGCACUGCAGCAGAUCAUCGACAACUGUGACGUGGGGACAUCGGGCAUGGACAACUGCCCCGGGUUGAUUGGCGGUCUCAAUGACCGCAGCACGUCGUGCAAUAUCGACUGCCCUCUCACAGAGCAGGUCCUCGGUAGCAUGACCAAGCUUCCCGGAAACAACCCCCUGUCGGGCUACAAGUACGGAACUGGCGCCAGCUCUGGCUCUGCCGGGGCCGGCGCCCCAGCAAGCCAACCUCAGGCGUCGUCACCGCCGAAGCAGUCUCCUCCCGCCCAGACGUCGUCUUCAUCCCAGGCUGCCCCAGCACCCCCCAACACGCCUGCCGCUGGCGUGACCACGACUGUUCUGGACACGACGACGGUGUGGAUGACGACGACGGCUUAUGGAAAGGAUGGCGCUGCGGCGCCGACGGGCGCACCAGCGCCGGGCAACCAGCCGGACGUGGCCGGGUUCAAGUACGCAGGCUGCUUCAAGGACGGACAGACGCGGACACUCAGCGGCGAGAUCCGCCCCAACUUGGGCAAGAUCAGCAAUACCAACUGCGUCACGUAUUGCACGUCCAAGGGCUUCAAGGUAGCGGGAACCGAGUAUGGCGGCCAAUGCUACUGCGGUAACACACUGGCUGGGUCGGCGAAGCUGGCCGAGUCUGCAUGCAGCAUGAAGUGCGAGGGCGCGGCUGGCCAGACGUGUGGUGGUUCCUGGGCGCUCUCCGUCUAUACCAAGGAUGGAACUAUUCCCAGUGCGCCGGCCAAGCGCCACCUGCGCAACCACAUUCACCACCGCAGCAACCCA